AAUCAGAGCCUCCCGAAGACCUCGAAGCUCCCGCCCCGCGUUCGGGCGUCGCCAUGGCAGCCGCUGCGGGAACCUGGGCCUUUUCGCGCCCGGCCGUGGAGCGGAUGAGGCAGCUGCUGCUGGAGGGGGGCUUAGCGACCGACUGCCUCCAGGAGGCCAUGGCAGAUAUUGAGAACGAUGAGAAAACAGGACGUUUUGUAGUAGGACGGGGAGGCUACCCAAAUAAACAGGGCAUAAUCCAAUGUGAUGCAGCAAUAAUGGAAGGACAACCUGGGUGUUUUGGAGCUGUGGCAGCCUUGCAUGGAAUUGGAACUCCUCUCGCUGUAGCACGUAAGGUCAUGGAAGAAACUCCACACAGUUUUCUGGUUGGGGAUGGUGCUGUGGCUUUUGCAAAAGACCAAGGCUUCACUGUGGAAGAUAACCGAAGUAUGAUGAGUGAGCAGAGUAGAGAAGCUUAUCAGGAAUAUUUAGAAAAGGGAAAGAGCUUGAAGAAACAUGAUACAUUGGGUUUGAUUGCCUUGGAUACCUUUGGAAAUAUAACAGUUGGGGUUUCUACUUCUGGAGCACCUUUUAAAUACCCAGGAAGAGUGGGAGAUUCUCCGAUGCCGGGAUGUGGGCUGUAUGCUGAUAAAGAGGUAGGAGCUGCAGUAGCUACUGGUGAUGGAGACAAGAUUAUGUGUUUCUGCCCUUGUUUUCAUGCAGCCCUGUUAAUGAAACAGGGCUUGUCUCCCAUGGAUGCAUGCCAGACUGUUGUCCAGGAUAUCCUCCAGCGAACAGGAAAGGAAAAUAUGUUUGAACUUGGAAUAAUUGCAAUGAAUAUGAAGGGUGAAGUUGGAGCUGCUUCGUCAAUGCCAUUCCCAUACUGCAUCUGGUCUCAGGGAAAGGACUCUGUAGAGCAAUUGAUGCAAAAAUGCUAACAACUUUUAAAGGAUCAAAGAAAAAAUUAUUCUGCACCUCUUGCGCCCAGGUUCAGAGUCACAUCCACCUUUAUCUUGUGAUGUUUCCUUUUCUUGUGUAAAGUAUUGGGGAGGGGAAUCUAAAUUGAGACUUUUCUUCAGAAGGUCUGAACUAUGGGUAUAUGAGAGCUUCAGCCUAUACCUAAUCAAGAAACUGUGAUUUGUUACGGCCAAGCUGGACAAUACAUUAAAAUGUGCAGUUACUGUU